CUCCAAUAUCGGGUUGGAUUCACGGAAAUACUCCAAAGUGGGGUGAUGCAGGAUCAGCUAAUCAAGCAUCAUCUUGUUAGGGCGGCACAACGCAAUACAAACAACACGCGGCUAAGUUACCUAAGUCAGUUAUACACAGAAAAAAUGGUCACUUGGAUAGAAAAGGACCUUCCUCUUUUACAUCCUACGCCAGCACCAUGACGAGCACUACCGUAUCCCUCCACCCUUUCCACACACCCAUCUUCCAUGCCCAAACAUGGAGUGGAGAAUCACCACUAUAUCGAGAAUCAGAUAAUACACUUCAUUGGGUAGAUCCUCUUUCCGUGCCUCCGGAACUUCACAAUCUCUCCCUUUCUACAUCGUCGUCUUCAAAGGAUCCCGCGGAAAGAGUAUUGACUCUCGAAACACCCGUCAGUGUAAUACGCUUCUGCAAGGAGAAGCAAUAUGAGGGAAAGUAUAUUUGUGGGUAUUUGAAGGGAGUUGGGAUUUUGGACGAAAUAAGUGGAAAGCUGGAGAAAGUCAAGGAAAUCAUCGAUGGGGACGAGAGGAGAGUCAAUGAUGGUACGUAUUUUGCUAAUCUGUUGCCUCUUGCUGUCUGGAAUGAGGUGAACGAAUAACCCACAGGCGCGUACUAAUCUACUACAGGAGGUAUUGACGCCAAGGGGAGAUUUUGAUUUGGUGAGAUAGACCUAAAUGUUAGUUUGAUUGCUAUGCGCAAGCCGAAAUUGUGGUACUGACUGUAGAUAGGCAACGAAAUUUGGCAUCGGUGGCCCACCUGAAUCUUAUGGAAAACCAAAGGGUCAUGUCUGGCGGUAUGAUCCUGAUGGGAGCCUACAUGGAAUGGAUUCCGGGAUCAUCUUAGGAAAUGGACUCGGUUGGAGUCCCGAUAAAAAAACCAGUUUGUUGCCUUCAUUGCUAUUUUCGAGUCUCUAUUGCUGGCUUGAAUCUUUGAAGAGGUACUAGGGUGUAUUGAAGUGUAUUUCAACGACUCCCUUGUGCAAACAACUUACGCCUAUGAUUUCGAUCUCGAAAAUGGAUUUGUUUCAAAUAGGAGGGUGUUUGCUAGUUUCAAAGGAACGGACGGAGAGCCAGAUGGUUUAAUUGUUGAGUAAUGCUGCCUUUCCUUACUACAAAAAACAAAUCUCAUUGAAUCUUUAUAGUGUACAAGGCAAUAUCUGGAUAGCAGUCUACGGUUCCGAAAGCUAUCACGGAUUAAGUAUGUUUUUCCUUUGAAGUUUCCCCAUGACUCCAUCUUUCAGUUGCCACUUAGUUUCCCUAUCCUCCGGUACACUUUUGCUAAUUGAUAUCUCCAAAGUUAUAUUUGAUCCCUUGGGGGUAAAGAAAUACCAAAUUCCUUCAAGCGCAAAAGCUACCACGUGUCCAACUUUCGGUGGGAAAGGCCUUGAUGAAGUAUUUGUUACGAGUGCAAGAGGAAGCGAUUUUGUAGAUGGAGGUGAUGGCGGUAAGUUGUUUCGAUGCAAGAUUCCUGAGGAAUGAGGAAUCAAGGGAAUGACGACUGAGGCAUUUAGAGGGACGCUUUAACGGCGUGGUCACGGAGAUAAUGGGGGAUUAGCUCGUAGAAUAUGACCUUGAUGAUCAAAAAGCCUACUUUUGCUUGUGUAUCCA